AUGGAUUGCUCGAGUUACUUCUUCGACUGGGAUCCAAUCAAUCUCCAGGAUUACCUUAUUCUGGAUAUGGAUAUGAUUAUCCCUGAAACCGAUGUGCAGUGCCAAGAACAAGCUCCUUCUUCCAUUAAUACCGACAUCUUCAACCUCACACCAGACUCGGAUUCCUUCUUCCAACCCCCAAAACGUCAAAACAUCAUCGACUCGAGCUAUCACUGCAACACUGUCGCCCAUUUCGCAAACCCUAACCCUAGUUUCGUCGACCUUGUCCUAGAAGUUUCCACUGCAUUCCCCAAGUUUCGCUUUGCCACAGGGAAUGCUGAUCGAAAGGGCAGAAACGACGGGAAGAAACCGCCAUUAUCGGCUCAGUGUAGAAAUAUACCGGAUCUCCGGCAAGAGGGAGGUGGAGAAGAAUACAGCAGAUCUUCUCGAGGGCUCGGAAAACUUGUCCCUGGAGGUCGGAAACUCAAUACGGGCGGGAUGUUUCAGACAGCCGCUAAGUAUGUCGAGUUCUUGCAGGCUCAAGUAGGAAUUCUUCAACUUAUUCAAAAUGAAAUGUCUCGGGAGGGAUCUAAUCUAGAACUAGAAAUUCGGGCGUUGCUUGCAUCUCAAGUAAUACAAGAGAAAUUUACAUCGGAAGAUGUCUGUUUGGUGCCCAAGAAAAUGGUUCAAUCCCUAGCCACCGACCAAACUCCAAAGAUGUUCCAAGAAAUAUCAAUGAGCUCUUUGUCUGCAGUAACUGACAGAUUCUGA